UCUGUUUUCUCUUGCAAUGGAGGGUGAGAAAUUCAGGACGAGGAUGAAGAAAAUGAAACGCAGGUAUGCUACAGCUACGUCUGCAUUGUUGCGUAUAACAGGCUCUGUGGCUACGAUGGUAUUGCUGUUAUGGACCAUUUGCUGCGGGUUUCAAUUGACGACGGAACCUUGGCGGUACACUGCAGUUGCUGCUCGGGCUUUCCAUGUUGGAAUCACCACAAUGGUCUUUGGUUUGUUGUUUCUGAUCGUCGGACUUUCCAUUCUGGCAGACCUGUUUCUGAAUAUAUCGCAACAGUUGCCAGAGCUCUCUGUCACGCAUCAAGGGCAGGAGACAAGGACGAUCUCCAAAGCUAUUGCCAAGGCCCUCGUAACUGUAAUCACAAUGUUGGUGAUCUUGUGGGCAAUGUACACCGGAUUUAGGCUUGCAACUGAAUCAGGAGAGAGCAAGCAUCAUCUCCUGACGGUUUCAAUUGGAGUCACCACAAUUUUAUUUGGCUUAAUUUAUUUCAUCAUUGGAUUUGCCAUUGUUCUUGAACUUGUACUAGAAUUUUGGACCCGUUCAGAAUAGAAAGGAAACUGGCUUU